AUGAUUUGGGCCAUCGACGAACACCACACCCGAAUGUUCGGGGACGACAAGUGGCUGUGCGUGCUGCUGCUUUUUGGCGGCAUUGGGGCGGAGCUGGAGGGGCUACUGAAGGCCGGAGUCAAGAUCAGGAAGGUCCUGUAUGUGGACAACGACCCGAUCAGCCGGAGGGUUUUUGGACACCGGCUGAGGGCCCUCCACCACGCCUACCCAGAGCAGCUACCUGAGCUGACCUACCCUCCACCGCCGCACGGCGCUACCCUCGAACAUCAGGGACAUCGGCAAACUGGAGCUGGAGCGCCACAUCGGGCGCGAGGCACGGCACCCAAUCGACCUGGAGCGAUACAACCAGUUCGAACGCGAGUGUGGGUCCGGCUGGACGCGCAGGACGCGCUAGACAACUUCCGGACAGUACAAAUGGCGGCCCAGGACGACCCCGCAAUACGGGGUUACUACUGCGUCAACGUGAAGGGGGAGCCACUGCAGACCUUUCCCACUCUGGUGGCAACCCCGAGCUCCUACGCCUUCCGCUUUCAAGCCCCUGACCAACCGGGGCCGGGGUUGGUGUACGACCGCAGCGUCCGAGAGUGGCAGGAGCCCAACGCCGACGAGCGAGAGCGGAUAAUGGGGAUGCUGCCGUGGUCAACCCGGGGCUACAACAUACCGGAAGCAGAGCGCGCAUGA